AGUAAGCACAUAUAUCCAGCGCGCACAUACCCCGCACUUGUACAGUGCUUGCGGAGUUGAGUACCACACGAGAAGUGAUGAUGUUGCUGGUGGCAAUGGUGGUCCUGGCGUUAGCCACGAGGACGGCUGUAAGUCUGAAACUUUCGUCGAAUGACAUCCCCGAGACAGGUAUCACGGAAAACGAUAGAGUAUGUUCCGGGAGCAGAUCAUCUUUGUCUUCUUCUGGCUCGGAUAGCUGGUGGUACAACAAAACGGUACAACUAUACACCAACUGCACCUACGUGGACGGCAACCUCGUCGUCACAUGGCUUACGGACGAAAACAUCAACUACGACCUAACUUUCCUACGUAACAUACGGUACGUCCGAGGCUUCGUACUGAUCGCAGGUUCGUAUGAGCACAUGGACCUGAGCCUCCCAAGCCUGGAGGUGAUCAGGGGGAACUACACAUUUCCCUAUGGUGGAAACGAGUAUGGGCUCGCAGUACUACUCACCAACUUUACGUCAGUACGACUACCCCGGUUGAAAGAGAUCUCAAACGGAAAAGUUAUUUUUUAUGCAAACCGACCCGACAUUCGGGUAGAAGUGAGCAGGUCCUGGGACUCCAUCGUGCGAAACAGGGAACCCGGGGCUGUCAACAUACAGGGGCACAUCAUGCCUCUCUCCCCACAUUCAGAUGAGUGCCCCUUGUCCUGUCCCCGGAGGUGCUACUGGUAUGGUGCUGGGUGCUGUCACUCACAGUGUGCAGGGGGGUGCUGGGGUCCCACGCCAGCCCAAUGUGAGACGUGCAAAGAUUUCGAGCUUGAAGGCGUGUGUCUGAGUCAUUGUCCUGCAGACCACUACCGGCACGGUCGACGAUGUCUGUUAAACCCCCUGUACAGAGGCGGACAAUAGAGAUGAUGGAGUAGGAGGUACGCCGUCCCUGUGGAUGUUUGGGGGACAAGGAGAAACAUCCCAGAUAGAAAGUAUAUAUUCAUUUACGUAGAUUCUGAAACUUUUGUUGUGUAUUUUGUAUUAUAAUAACCCCAGUGACCGGUGUGAACACAAAUACAGUAAAUUACGGUUAUAACGAACACGCUUAUAACGAACUGACGGAUAUAACGAACUUACUUUUUUGGUCCCGACUAUCUGUUGUAGUUAUGCUGUAUAUAUGCUUAUAACGAACUACGGUUAUAACGAACUAAAAUUAGUAGUCCCUUUGAGUUCGUUAUAACCGUACUUUACUGUAUACCGAUUUAUGUCAAAUAAAUGUAGAGGCAGGACGAGAAUGUGUAAAAAAACGUUGUGAUUUUAGAGAUUUCAAGAGGCCUGUUUCGUUUAUUUGAACUGAGAAUGUUUUUGUUUUGUUUUUAAAUCAAUAAAACGUUUUACUACGUGA